CUCUGAGAAUCCCAGUUGCUGAGAGACAGAAGUAUUUUAUUUAACAUUCCCGAGGGCACUUGAAGGCAACGAGAAGGUUUCACCCACCAAUGACAAUGGCCAAUGGAAUCCCAGCUGUUGCUAGGAUACUAUUGUUUGUUAACCAUGGCUCUUGAGACACAGACGAUGCCUCAACUUGAACUCGAGGCUGUUAUUGGGUUUAAUGGCCAUGUGUGUGCUGGUCUGACAGUCCAUCCGGACAGAGAGCACCUGAUCUACCCGCUGGGAUGCUCCGUCAUUCUCAAGAGGAUUAAAGAUGACAAGCAGGAGUUCUUGCAUGGACACACGAACAACGUGUCCUGUGUUUCAGUGUCCAAAAGUGGAUCGUAUAUUGCCUCUGGACAGGUCACCUUUAUGGGCUUUAAGGCUGAGGUUAUCAUCUGGGACUAUGCACAGCGCACAAUCUACGCCCAGCUGCAGCUCCACAAGGCCAAAGUAGAGGCUCUUGCCUUCUCUCCCAACGAAAAGUACCUGGUGUCUCUUGGAGGUCAGGACGAUGGCAGCAUAGUGGUGUGGAACAUUGAGACCAAGCAGGCCAUCUGUGGGAGCCUGGCUUUAGCGCACAGUGCUGGUAACUGCCUCACUGUGCAGUAUUCUAACACCAACGACAAUGUCUUUGUUUCCGCCGGGAGCGAAACGCUGCGAGUCUGGGAGCUGGACGUCCCCAACAGGAAGAUCAGGCCCACAGAGUGUCAGACAGGCAAGCUGAGAAGGAUUGUGAAAUGUGUACAGAUCUCAGAGGACGAUACGUUCAUUUUCUGUGGCACCACCAGUGGAGACAUCCUGAAAAUCAACCUGAAGACGGGGCUUCUGAGCGACUUUGGUCCAGUAAAAGACAAAUUCAGCAUGGGUGUCAAUGUCCUAAGGAUUCUGAAGUGUGGGUACCUGCUCGUGGGCUCUGGAUCCGGCACCUUAACUCUGUGUUCCGGGAUUAACUUCAAAACCCUUAAGAAAGUCCAACUGGAAAAGGGUGUGACCUCCAUCGCCAUUAGAGGAGAGGGCCAGCAGUUCUAUGUUGGGACGGAGGCGGCUCAGAUUUACCGCUUCGGUUAUGACGACUUUAAAGCGGAACUCAUUUACACCAGCCACAACAGCGCUGUCAAGGAUGUGGCCAUAUGUUUUGGAACAUCGGAAUUGUUUGCAACCUGCUCCGGGGAGGACAUCAGGUUGUGGCAUAUAGACAAGCCCAAAGAGCUGCUGCGCAUCACAGUACCCAACAUGACCUGCAACUCCCUGGACAUCAUGUUUGACGGACACAGCAUCAUCAGUGCUUGGAACGAUGGCAAUAUCCGCGUGUUCGCGCCGGAAAGUGGCCGGCUCAUGAUCAUCAUGCCCAACGCGCACAGGAUGGGCGUGACGGCCAUUGCCGGCACCAGGGACUGCAAGAGGAUCGUCAGCGGAGGGGGAGAGGGGCAGGUCCGCAUUUGGGAAGUGGAGCCGAAUGGUCAUCGGCUGCUGGAGACCAUGAAAGAGCACAAAGCCACCAUCACCUGUAUCAAGAUCAAGAGUGACAGCAAAAACUGUGUCACUGCUAGCGCUGAUGGCGCCUGCAUCAUAUGGGACAUAGUGCGGUUUGUGAGUCUUCAGAUGGUGAUUGCCAACACAAUGUUCCGGACGGUGUGCUACCACCCAGAGGAAUACCAGGUCAUCACCAGCGGGACUGACAGAAAGGUGGUCUACUGGGACGUGUUCGACGGAACCGUCAUCAGAGAACUGGAGGGCUCGCAGUCCGGGGCCAUCAACGGCAUGCACAUCUCGCAGGACGGCCGGCACUUUGUGACAGGCGGAGAUGACAAGCUGGUGAAGGUGUGGGACUACAUGGAAGGCGUGGUAACCCACGUAGGAAUAGCUCACAGUGGCAGCAUCACCAGCAUCAAGGUCUGCUCCAAUAACCGCACCUUGCUCAGCACCAGCGCCGACGGAGCCAUUCUCCGGUGGAGGUUCCCUCACCCUUCGUCCCCUUAAUGACACUACAUGUGGACUGCACACUGCGACUUCUCAUCCAGUAACGCCACAGUCCUACUCAAGUGUAUCCCACAUCCUCCCUUAGUCUUUCCUCUUAGCAACUGUUAUGAGAGUUCAACGGUCUUACCUGAAAAGAAUAGGUCUACACUUUCCAAAUUUAAAUAAAUGCAAUUUGAUGAAGCAUCAAUGACUUUGUUAGAUUGUUUCCUUUCCCAGUAGAGAAGGGGCGAUAUAUAUUUAAAAAAUGAUAAGGGUACACUUCCUGUGCAGUGCCGGCACUUAAGUGGUAAUUCCCCACAUGAGCCGAAUAUAAGGUGGGAAUUCACAGAGCGACACUUAACGUGAGUUUAAAAUUACACUUCAAGGCACAAGAACGUAUUCUUCACAUCAAAGUGUCUGCAUUACGCUUUUUUAGGCUUCUUGAGAACAACAGAAUUAAUGCCGCUCUGCGGAUGCAAUGCCGAAGAAACCAAAAUGUGUAAAAACAAGGCUGUAUUUAUAAGCAAUGCGUUACAUUUACACGGAUAUGAUUCUUCUGUCUGUUUCUGUGAAGACACUGGCAUCAGACAGAAUUAUCAUCGAUCUGAACUAUCACCUGAUCCGAACCCACUCUCCUCACUAUUCUUCAGAAAGGCUAAUCUAAAUAAUGAAUACCUGCUUUCCCCCCCCAAAAAAAGUAUAAACCAAGUCAUCAAAAACAUCCCUGGAUCAGUACU